AACGUCGCCCAUCCCGUUCGGGCCGGUCCGUCCGGUCCGGCGGGACCGCCCCGACGGUCGUCGAGGCGCGGCGGCGGCGGCGGCGGCGGCGGCUCGCGGGAACGCCGACCAGACGGACCGGCUCGCCCGCAACCCAAAACAACGGCAGACAAAAGCCCGUGUGUGUGUGUGUGUGUGUGUGUGGGCGGGUGUGCGCGCGGCGGGCGGAGUCAAAGGUCACCCCACAAGCGGCGACGGCCGUCGGGCCGGUCCGGCGGGACCGCCCCGACGGUCGUCGAGGCGCGGCGGCGGCGGCUCGCGGGAACGCCGACCAGACGGACCGGCUCGCCUGCAACCCAAAACAACGGCAGACAAAAGCCCGUGUGUGUGUGUGUGUGUGUGUGUGUGGGCGGGUGUGCGCGCGGCGGGCGGAGUCAAAGGUCGCCCCGCAAGCGGCGACGGCCGUCGAUCGCUCCGCAGACAGCGCGUUCCGCUCAUCGCCUUUCCAGGUCGUCGCAGAGGUCGCCGUCGCCGCACAUCCAUGGAGUCCGCCGAGGCUUUGUCGGCCAAGCAGAAGAGCCGCCGGAACGUCACCAUCGAGAUCACCAACCUGACCGUCGGCUUCGUCCUCAAGCACCCCAAGGUGCACAUGGAAAGCGGCAACUGCCACAGCCCGCCGCAGCCCACCGUGCGCUCCAUGCGCACCGAAGUGUGCAACUUCACCAAAACGGACGUGGCCACGACGGGCGCGGUGGGCGUGCUGACCUACGACCUCUACGAGGGAAAAACCGCCGCCGCCAAGCUGGCCCUCAUGUUCUCCGUGCCCUACGACUACACCUUCUACAAGAACUGGGCGGCGGUGGGCAUCUUCCCCUUGAGCCGCGAAACCGACGGGAAGCUCUACAAGGAGAUGUACGAGGACAAGAAUCAGAACGGCUUCGUGCGCCAGGAGGCCAAAGGCUGCGGCCUGACCUACGAGAGCGGCAAGAUGGACGUCAAGGUCACCAUGUCGCCCUUGGGCAGGGCCAUCAUGAAGGUGGAGCUGUGGGACCUGCACUUCCACCCCUGAGCCGACUCGCCAAACCGAGUGCGCUUUUGUUGCCGAUGCACAAAAUCAACAAUAAAAAAAACUCUAACUUGC